UCCCCGCAUAUAGUUCAUUAGCUCCAUCCCCAAAUUCCAACCCUCAGUCUGCAAGCCGUCUAUCAACAAAAGCUCAAAUCUCUCUUAAGGGUUUGUUCGUGUUAGAAAUGGCGACAGUUCCAGGGCAGCUGAUAUGGGAGAUCGUGAAGAAGAACAAUUCAUUUUUGGUGAAGCAAUUCGGUAAUGGAACCGCCGGCAUUAAGUUCAGCAAGGAGCCUAACAAUCUCUACAACGUCCACUCCUACAAGCACUCUGGUUUGGCAAACAAGAAAACCGUAACCAUUCAACCUGGAAAGGAUCAGUCGGUGCUUCUUGCAACUACAAAGACAAAGAAACAGAACAAGCCGUCCGCCUUGCUGAACAAGUCUCUCAUGAAGAAAGAAUUCCACCGCAUGGCCAAGGCUGUAUCAAAUCAGGUGUGUGAUAACUAUUACAGGCCCGAUUUGAAGAAGGCAGCACUUGCAAGAUUAAGUGUUGUGAAUAGAAGCCUCAAGGUUGUUAAGUCUGGUUUGAAGAAGAAGAACAGGCAGUGAAGAAGCAAUAUGGUUUAGUUAGUUUGCACUGCUAUUUCAUUUCUGUUGGUACACUUUCGUAAUAGAAAAGACUCGAGUAUUUUGCAUCUGCAUUUUCGCCAAAAUUUUGCAUUAGUCGAAGUUGUAAUGGUAUCUUUUAUGGACCCGAAUUGUCGUGAUUUACUUCCGUUCUCUUUUUGGUGGAUUCCU